AUGUAUUUCACCACCCCAAAGCCUUACGGGCAGCAAUCUACGGCAUAUCGCACAGUGAGUGGUACUGUACCAGCACGACCCGCGAGCAGCAUGGCUGUUUUGAUAACGCCAGCUUCUGAGAGGAAUUUAGAAGAUUCUUCCAUACAUGGUAGUAAUAAUCAGUCAUCAAGAGUUGAUCCUGCAAAUCCUUCCAAACAAUCCUCAUUAUCGUCAGCAUUCAAAAAAGUCACAGUCACAGCACCUCCUCACCGAAUCGGUACUGAACGUUGGAUGCAAACCGGAAUGCCGCAGAAAGGACGUUGGAAUAGUUCAGUAGCUGUUUUUGAUACGCCACAGAGUAAUGAACCUCCAAGGGAGUUCGGUAUUAAUGCGAGACCGAAAGCAUAUUCCUCAUUUCGUGACAGCAGCAUUAAGAGCAGUGAUAAUAACAGGUUCCAGCAGUAUCAGCAGCCAAACAACACCGAAAUAGUCAACACAAGACCAGUGCCAAUUCAGAUCGAUUCUCAACGGACACAGCCAAAUCAGUCUGCGCUCGACAUUGGAAGAAAUAUUCCAGUUCGGUAUGAAGGAGUCACGGCUACCGUGCCAUCGUCACUAAGUAGCUCCACUUAUGGAGCUCCACAUGACGGAUUCCAUACUACGAUCCAUCGUUAUGCAUCGGAUCCACGUCGUCCCAGUUCUGCCGUACCAUUCACUGAAUACAGCUCAUCGCAGAUGACUGCUCCGUUCACAUCAGAAACCGAGUCUCGUCAAUUCGAAGAACGAUCUGUUAAUAGUGGGAAUGGAACCGUGCGUCAACAACACGCAUCUGAAAUCCCGGUCAAUUUCGAUCGAGUUCAAACCUUUCCGAAUCGACCUGCGAAACAACCAUCCGAACGACAUAAUUAUACGAGUCUUCACCGAGUUUCCUCACUGCGCCCACCUUUUUUCCAAAGACGUACCACAUCCGAGGCGGAUGUUUUCAGUAGUCCUGCAUCAUUCAUUCCACCAUCUCCUGCUCAAACUCCCCUCUCUUCUACCGGGGAUCACUCGAAUGAACCUUCGACCAAUGCUAUGGUGAAUGUGGCUCGUAACGUGCGUGAAGAGCUGGAACAAGAUCCGAAGUUUCGUCAACGUGCCGAAUCGACCGGUGAGAAGGGUGCAUCGCCUCGCCGUUCAAACCUGACUCAAUCUCAGUCUUUUCAUGCCCCAAAACAAUCACCAUCUUUGAUUCAGAUGGAGAAUUAUUUGUCCUACCAGCAACGUCAUCAAAGUGAGAUGGAUCUGAAUCGCACAUCAACAAUAUCCCCUGCUACCAAUCAGUUAAAUUAUCAGCAGAUAUUUAGUCCUGAUAUUGUUCGCAAUAUGUUCACUGGUGGAUAUUCACAACCUCACUCUCAAACCUCGAGUGAAUCUAACCAGAGUGUGCCCUUCGAGGCGCAACAAUCCCAACCCAGAAUACCUUUCCGCUCACCAAAUGCGUCACAGGAUCAACCAACAACCCUCCAAUCAUCCGCAUCCGAUUCAGUGUACCGUAACGUCCCAAUAAGAACCCAGCAUGAACCGGUCAAGUCGUCGUUACGUGAACAACCGCAUGUUGUCAUGAAUGGUUCUUUCCAGCGUCAGACCCUUUCCCAUGGUUCAGCCGCUGUCCCAAUACCGCCACCGAAACCUCAGUUGUAUGCUAUCUCUCCAGUAGUAACAACAACAACGACCACAAAUAACGACCGUUAUAGCACUGCCACCAAUGCGACUAACAGAUAUGUAACUAAUAUUGAUAUAAAUGCUAAUAACGCCAUCAAUGAUAACAAUCAAUAUAACACUAGCAAUAUUCACAAUAACGAGUUUCAUGGUACGAACACAAUUCGAGUGAAAACUGUUGCAGCAAAUGGUUUUGAGGGGAAGGAUAAUCAGAAGGCGACAUGUGCAGUGAGCAAAGAUGCUCCUGCAGAUGAGAAGGUGAAAAGUGCAUCAAAUGCGUCCGGUGGAGUGAUACCUGAACGAGCCGUAUUCAUAACUCGACCUCGAGCGUUGAGAAUCUCUUUUGAUGAUGAAGGUGCUUCAGCGGUUCAUUCAACACAUGUAUCUAUAACUACCACUCCCACUGGUAUCCUUCAAAAAACAACUUGUAAUACUAACGCCACCAAAAACGGUAAUACCGAUGAUAAUUCUUCAUAUUCUGUUCCUGAUUCCACUUCUGCUGCUAUUAAACCACAAAAACGGGUCGUUUUCCAAUGUGAUCGUGAUCGAGAACAGUCUUCGCAAAUUGCAGCUAGCGAAGCAGGAGUGUUGACUUCUGAUGCCUCUGCUUCAUACACCGCUUCCCAAAGCGUUUUAUCCUCAGUUAAUCAAGAAGUACCGCCUUGUAUACGACAGUAUGAUGAUGCAAUCGAAGAGCCUUUACAACGAUUCCUCAAACUAAGCUCAGAUAUCGGCGCUGAUGUCAAAACUGCGGGUGAAAAAGUGUCAUUGGCCUUUACACAGCAACGAAACUUUAUUUGGAAUGCAGCAGGUCAGAAAGAACCAAGUCAAGCAGAGUUAGCGAAUAAGUUGAGUGGCUUGGUGAAAUUGUUAGAGGAGUUGUCAGCGUUUAGAGAAUCGAAGCGAAAUACACCUCAAUUUAAUCACCUUUCUGCGGUGAGUGAGGGCAUUCAAGCACUUGGAUGGCUUACCAUGAAACCAACACCAGCACCAUUCAUAAAAGAUAUGAAUGAAGCGUCGAUGUUCUUCGUGAAUCGUGUUCGUAGCGAUAAUAAAGAUGGUGAUAAGAUCCAUUCUGAGUGGACAAAGUCGUGGAUUGAACUGUUGAACGCGUUACAGCAAUACGUUCGUCAAGUGCACACAACAGGUCUUGUGUGGAAUAGCAACCCUGGUACAUUCGCACCUUCGUCUGCAGCAGCCAUAGCAUCAGCUCCGGUACCUUCUGGUACCGCAGGCGGUCCGCCACCCCCUCCACCUCCGCCUCCUAUGCUUCCUCCAGAUCUCCUAUCAACGACCGCCAAUCCUUCGGAAGCGGGUGGUGCAGCAGGUCGUGCUGCGUUAUUUGCGGAGAUCAAUCGAGGAGCUGACAUCACAAAGGGUUUGAAAAAGGUCACUGCCGAUAUGCAAACACACAAGAAUCCCGCCUUGAGGACACAGGUUCCAGCUCCGGAUGAUGUAAUAAAAUCAGGAGAACAGCAUGUAUCAUCAAAGGAUGCUGGCAAGAAGGAAGAAGUUCAGAAGCCUGCAAAAACAUGGCUGGAAAAUGGGAAGCAAUGGAAUGUGGAGUAUCAUAAAAACAAUCCAAAUAUUAUUGUUGAAACAACAAACAUGAAACAGACAGUGUAUGUGUUCCGGUGUGAAAAUAGUGUUAUACAGGUGAAAGGUAAAUUGAACUCGAUAACAUUGGAUGGUUGUAAGAAGACUUCAAUUGUUUUCGAUAGUCUUCUUUCUCAAAUUGAAGUGAUCAAUUCACAAGGCAUUCACAUUCAGACUCUUGGAACAAUGCCAACACUCUCUAUCCAAAAGACUGAUGGAUGUGAGGUGUAUUUGAGUAAAGAGGCAAUCGGUGCCGAAAUCGUCACUAGCAAAUCGUCGGGAAUGAAUGUUCUUGUGCCUCAAGGAUCAGAGGGCGACUUUACCGAGUUCCCGAUCCCGGAGCAAUUCAAGACGGUUUACGAUGGUAAAAAACUGCAGACGACUGCAUCGGAUAUUGUUUAA